CCCUAAUGAAAAAAAAGAAAACCGGGUGAAUGUGCUGCAGUGUCAUUCUUUUAUUUUAUUAUUAAUCUGACUGAGACGCAAGAAGAUCCUUGCUGAAGCUGACAGGGGGGACAUAACUUGUGGUUACAUCACCGGUUUUGUGUUACCACGUCGAUCUGCCGAUUUCUUGAGGACAACACGCAGUGACACUUUAUCAUUUGAAACCAAAGAUGGCAUGGCUACUCCUUGGUGUGGUGGUGUUAAUUCACGGGGCUGUGCAGUGUGAAGACAUCUUCGAACAAGAUCUGGAUCCUGAAGUUAACAUGAACAUUAGUCAGAUUAUUUCCCAUUGGGGGUAUCCGACUAAGGAACACGAAGUAGUCACUGAGGACGGCUAUAUCCUGAGCGUUAACAGAAUCCCAUAUGGAAUAAAAAACAAGGGAUCCAAAGAGCCGAGGCCUGUGGCAUUCCUCCAGCAUGGUCUGCUGGCAGCCGGGAGCAACUGGAUCACCAACCUGCCCAACUCCAGCCUGGCUUUCAUCCUGGCCGACGCUGGCUACGAUGUGUGGAUUGGCAACAGCCGGGGCAACACCUGGUCCAGGAAACACGUGACGCUGAGCCCAGACGAGGAUGCAUACUGGGCUUUCAGCUUUGAUGAAAUGGCUAAGAAGGACCUCCCUGCAGUGAUAAACUUCAUUACCAAGAGUACAGGGCAGGAGCAGAUCUACUAUGUGGGGCACUCCCAGGGCACUACCAUAGCUUUUAUAGCCUUCUCUACCAUGCCAGAGCUGGCAAGCAAGAUCAAGAUGUUUUUUGCCCUGGCUCCUGUGGCUACAAUUUCCUAUUCUACAAGCCCCAUGACAAAACUGUCCAUUUUUCCAGAGUUUCUGGCCUGGGAGCUGUUUGGAAAGAAGGUGUUUUUCCCCCAGAGUACUUUGAUUAAGUGGUUUGCUACUGGAUUCUGUAGUCAUGAGCGACUCGAUGUCCUGUGUGGCAACAUUUUCUUUGUCCUGUGUGGUUUUGACGAGAAAAACCUAAACAUGUCUCGUACCCCAGUGUACACGACACAUUGUCCUGCUGGUACGUCUGUUAAGAACAUGCUUCACUGGAGACAGAUGGCCAAGUCUGGGAAACUUGCGGCAUUUGACUAUGGCUGGAGAGGAAACAUGGCACAUUAUAACCAGUCAACUCCCCCGCUGUACUAUAUAAGGGACAUGAAGGUCCCGACAGCCCUGUGGUAUGGUGGACAUGACACAUUGGCAGACGCCAAAGAUGUGGAUGUGCUCCUGAAAAAGAUCCCCAACCUGGUCUACCACAAGGACAUCCCUCACUGGGAGCACCUGGACUUCAUCUGGGGCCUGGACGCGCCAGAGCUCAUGUACAAUGAAAUUGUUAAACUCAUGAAUCAGCAUGCUUGAAGCCUUCGGGGACCAGAAACUAGGCCUUUUUGAAAUGUUUCUUAAUGGGUACGUUGUUAUCCGAGCCAGAUGUUUCCAAAUACAUUGAUCCAAAUCUAACUAAAACAAGACAUCUUUCUGAUGAUCAAAUUGAGGUGAAAUUGAAGGGGGAUAAAAUGUGGUUGCAUAAAACUGUUGAGAAAAGGCUUUUACCGGUGACUUUCUAUGCAGUGAUGUCAUUCUGUUUAAAAUGAGUGACUUAAUUAUUACAAGAUCAACAUACAUUUAAUAAUAUAAUGCAGAUCAUUUAAAAAGUAACAUUUAAACCAUUAAGAAAAGUAUGCCUUAUGCUUAAGCUACUUUUUUUAAAGAAGACUCCUCUACAAGCAGAGAUGAAUAGAAAAUAUAUUUUUAACUAAUUUCAGACGAAGUAAGGUACAAAUUUAUCGUAUCAUAUAUACAUAUAUAGAAUAAAAUAAUUGUAAUGGUUUAAAUAGAAUAAAAUAAUUGUUGUACGUAGGAGCGUUAAACUUUUGUUCUCAGUAAUUUCUUACUAGUUUUAAUUCACUAAAUUUGUGUUCAUUUUCUAAAAUGUGCAUUACACCAUACACGUGUUAUUGCCAAUUUUCACUUUUUUAAUUUUAAAAAGAGUAAUGCAGUCUUAUGUAAAUUAGUUUGACUUAUACAUCAUGAUAUAUUUCCAUUUAUACCAGGCUGCAAUUUGCACUAUUUUUUGUGAAUGGAAAAUGGUAAUGUCAAACAACUAGUAUAAAAACAACUUAAGUAGACUUCUGAGAAACUUACCUUUCCUAAAUGGUCUUGUUGUUAAUGUAACAUUGCCUUACAACCCUUUAAUGCAUGACAUAUUAAAAAUAGCUGAAAAAACUGAAGUAUUUUUGGGUGCAAAAUGUUUUCAAUUCUUUUUUUCCAAAACACUACCUCCUAGGCUAUCCUGCAGUUGUUUUCCAUAUGUCCCCUUAUAUAGACUAGAAUAUAUAUAUAUGAGGUCACAUGAAAAGGUUAAUAAAAUAGUGAAAAUUGCACACUUAGUGUUGUUAAUAGAAGACAAACUGCUUUUGUCAAAUUUAUAAAUCUUUUCAAAUUAUUCCAAAAGAGCAGCAUCUUACCAAAGAUUGUAUUAAAUGUAGUGGUUUUUGUUUGCUGUGUAUACAAUUAAUCUGUAAUUUGAAAGCAUCAACAGGAUAGUUUAGGCUUGACUUAAUGUCCUGUUGUAAGUAAAAAUAAUAAUAAUCUUUAUAUAGUGCCUUUCAUAGUGGACCACCAUCACAAAGCGCUUUACAAGAUAAGAGACUAGGGUGUGUGAACUAUGCAUCAGCUGCAGAGUCAUUUACAACAACGUCUCUCCCAAAAGAUGGAGCACAAGGAGGUUAAGUAACUUGCUCAGGGUCACACAAUGAGUCAUUGGCUAAGCUGGGAUUUGAACCAGGAACCUCCUGGACCACACAGCCUCAGCCUACCUCUGUAAAGCACUUUGUGAUGAUGGUCCACUACAAAAGGCGCUGUAUAAAAGAGGCUUGACAAAUGAGGUUCAAUUCAAAGUUCAGGUCGUAUACAAUACAUGCUGUCUUUUUAAAUUGCACUGUAUGCUGUUGUAAUGGGACAAACCUUAAUUAAUUCUGAUGUACAUGACUGGACUUGAAUAAAAACCCUUGAAUUAA